CUAGCGUUUGUUGGUAGUGUUUCGUCUAGCACAUUUCAUCAGCAUUGAACGCUGAAAGCACAUGACAUAACCAAACUUUUCGCGGGUGCUUACGCGAGUGUGUUUAGGUUUUCGUUUUUCGGUGUGGUGUGCAGAGUGCUUUUAGCAUUCUGCAAAAGACAAUUUAUCAAAAUUCGCGUCAAAAACAGAGAACCGGUUCCCGUUUAUGCCAUGGAAAUGGAUCCGCAAGAACGGGAAAGUGAUCUGGGGGAUGAUAGUCCGGUGUCCCACAAUGAUGAAGAAAUAAGUGACGGUGAUGGAGAAUCGGGUCGCGAACAUGACGAUGUUGAUAGUUGUGACGAGAUAAGAAGACACGGGGGCGGAAUUCUGGCGGAACACGGGGAUGUUCUUGCAAAGUUAAAAAUGCAAGUUAGGGACAUCAAGGUAGGGGACGACUUCGAAAACGCCACCCGCCACCUGAACUUCCCCCUGUCGAAUCGAAGCUUGCAGGAUAAUUUUCAUUUACCCGCUCCGUUCCCAUUUCCACACCCCAGUACGCCGUUCAUGGCACCUCUUUUACCACCACCGGCAGCUCCAUCUUCGGGGAGUUCACACUCGUCGGAAGGCAGUGCCUCUUCACAGCACACCUGGUCGUUCGAAGAACAAUUCAAACAGGUGCGUCAGUUGUAUGAAAUCAACGACGACCCCAAACGGAAAGAAUUCCUCGAUGAUCUCUUCUCGUUCAUGCAGAAACGGGGUACUCCGAUUAAUCGACUGCCCAUCAUGGCCAAAUCCGUUCUCGAUUUAUACGAAUUGUACAAUUUAGUUAUCGCAAGAGGUGGACUUGUUGAUGUCAUCAAUAAGAAGCUCUGGCAGGAAAUUAUAAAAGGGCUGCAUCUACCGUCGUCGAUAACGUCGGCAGCUUUCACACUCCGGACACAAUACAUGAAAUACUUAUACCCUUACGAAUGUGAAAAACGUCGCCUCAGCACUCCCGCCGAACUUCAAGCUGCCAUCGACGGUAACCGCCGCGAAGGCCGCCGCAGCAGCUACGGCCAGUACGACUCCAUGCAGCGUUCCCCCAACCCCUCGCAGAUGUCGCCAUUGUCCCUUGUAUCCCAACAGCAGCAACUUGCCGCCCGUAUGAACUCUGUCAUGAGCGGCGGCAUGGGCCUCCACAACGGCGCCCACCACCCUAGCCACCCCCAACCUCUAGGCCAGCCACUCAACGGCGGCCCCCUUCCUGGUCUCGCCCCCAGCGAGUUCGAGGCGCGCAUGAUGGAGUAUGUAAAACUUCUCAACAAGGAGAUCCGGAGCUCGGCUGCGACUCCGCCGCGACAAGGAGAUGUUUCUCCCCCCAACACCACUUCACCCCUCAACCAGCUGGAGUUGUCGCGGAUAACACUCUGGAAUAUGUACAAUAAUAAUCAGCCCCCCGUCGAGCCCCAAAAGGAGGCGCUGAAUCUCUCGGAUCCGACGCAACCCUCGGUGAAGAGGGAGCCGGAGCACAGGGACUCGCCGCCGCCUCCGAAGAAGUUUUCCAAAGAUGAAGACGAACAGAAGAUCUCGCCCGCCACGCAUAUCAAAAUUAACAGUAGGGGGGAUGCGCGUAACGGAGACAGUUCCUUAGUAGUCAGUAUGGAAUUAAAUGGAAUUACGUAUCAAGGCGUUUUAUUCGCGCAGUCUUCGCCAUCUAGCGGCCGAACGGCGAUGGCUUCGUAAAGGAAACCUCUCUGAAUGUGAUGUAGAAAUCGUAUUUGACGGUUUCUGUGGCGCUAAAGUGGGACACGCUUUUCAAUUGUUUCAUAUUUAUUAUUUUUUUAGUUGUGUGUUUUUAGUGAUCUAGUGCUCCAGGAACUUAUGUACCCUUUUUUAUAAUGUGAAAGUUUUUUUUUUUUGUAAUCCUACAAAGCUGUAAAUCCGUAAUGGCAUCGCAUUAAAUACAUGUUUAAGUACAAAAGUAAUUGUCUAAUGUAUAAAAUAGAAUAAAUGAAGUUUAUGGCACAUUGAGUGUAGAGAUUUGGCUUCAUUAGGCUAUUGUAACUGUUGGUCGUCUUGAAAAUUAUGAAUAUUAUGACAUAAAUCAAGAGAUAUGACAGUUUUAAUGGGCCACUAUACUUAAAACUUCCCAUUUUGCAACUUAGAACACUUAAAUCUACUUACGUACAUGGCCAGUCUGCAAGUUAUUGUUCAUUUUUGUCUAAACAUAAAACCUAUUUGUGGGAAAUGUUAAUUGAGUAAAUUUAUUUUUUGAGCCCCUGUAACAAAGUUUUGAAAUAGUUUAAUUUCUCGUGAAUGAGUUUUAUGAAUAGAUUAUGCGCACGUACAUAAUUAGUUUCACUUGUUUCAAAUUUAUAUGAAAUUAAUAAACAAUUUACAGAACAUCUCGACAACGUUUUUGUAAAUAGCUAUAAAUACUUUAGUAUCAGUAUUUGAGGAUAUAUUUGUGUGUUAUAUAUAUUUUUUUGUAUAUCUACCAAAAGACUGUUAUUUUAUUAAUUUUUAAAUAUAUUAUUAUGAUAAAACAGGUUAGAUUACUUAUUUAUUAAGUGAUUUUAGUGUAUUUAUGAAAUCAAUUAAUGUGUAGCAAUAUUAGUCAAUAAGUGUAGAUGAUAUGAAAAUUACUGUAGUUCCAAAAUUGUAGUCGUAGUUCAUAAAUGACAUCGAAAAUUCGAUCAUCCCUACAAACUUUGUGAAAAUUUGUUGAUUUUUUGAUCUGAUUAUCUCAGGGAUAUUUGAUGGUAAUGUGCAAAACAUAUUCCUGCUUUCAUUGUGUUCUAGUUAUUCUUUCAAAGUUUGUGAGUAUUUAAGGCGAAAGUCCAGCAUUCUAAUUCAGUGUAUUACUGUAAAUACCAAUUACCUACCAUUAAACAUACUCGUAAAUAA